AUGGAGAGUUCCGAUCGCGCGAAAAACGGGCUUUCUUUGCUCAAGGAAGCAGGCAUGCGGAAGCUGAAUUUUGCUGGCGGAGAGCCAUUCCUCUAUCCAAAGUUCCUGGCUGAGAUGGUGGUUUUUUGCAAAGAUGAAUUACGACUCGAGUCGGUCUCUAUCGUCACAAAUGGAAGUCUGGUGAAGGAGAGCUUCUUUCGACGGUGUGGCUCCAAAAUUGACAUCUUGGCGGUCUCGUGCGAUUCGUUCAACGAGUCUACCAACAUUCAGAUCGGCCGUGGAUCCGGCGACCAGAUCUUGCAGCUAUACAAGGUUGCUUCCUGGUGCAAGAAGUAUGGCAUCAAGUUCAAGAUUAACACUGUAGUAUGUCGACUCAAUUGGAAUGAAGAUAUGAACAGGCAUAUCGAACAGCUUCAGCCUUUUCGUUGGAAGUGCUUCCAAGUCUUGGUCGUUGCAGGGGAAAACGACUCUGGGAAGACACUCCGAGAUGCCCGCAAGUUCAUCAUCACCGAUGAGGAAUAUGACAGCUUUUGCAGACGACACACGACCCAGACGUCACUCGUGCCAGAGUCUAACCAAAUGAUGACCAAGUCGUAUCUGAUUCUCGACGAGUACUUGAGGUUUCUAGACCGCGACGGACGUCAACCAUCUGAAUCGAUCCUUGACAUUGGGGUCAAGAAAGCACUUCGAAGCGUAUACUGGGAUGAGAAGGCCUUUAGGGACCGUGGAGGAGUAUACGACUGGGCCAGACCGACCAGUACGUGUGAUCUAGAUGAACAAGAAUUACAAUGGUGA